AGGAGGAAAACGGGGAAAGGCAGAUAGAACAGAAACGGGGGAGAACGUGGAUGAUUUACGCUUUAAAAGUUGCCUUACAACCAACUCAAGUGCAGCGGCAAACGGAAAUAGAACAAGAUGAUAACGCCCUACUUCCUAGAGAAUUUCUGGGGAGAAAAAAAUAAUGGCUUCGAUGUGCUAUAUCAUAACAUGAAGCAUGGCCAAAUUUCCACAAAGGAACUAACAGAUUUCAUCAGAGAAAGGAGUACCAUUGAAGAGGCCUAUGCCAGGUCAAUGACCAAACUUGCCAAGUCAGCUGGCAACUUUAAUCAGCUUGGGACAUUUGCUCCAAUGUGGGAUGUGUUCAAGAGUUCAACAGAGAAGCUGGCCGGUUGUCACAUGGAGCUAGUGAGGAAACUACAGGAACUUAUUAAAGAAGUUCAGAAGUACGUGGAAGAGCAGGCCAAAGCACACAAGAAGACAAAAGAAGAAGUGGCACCAACCCUGGAAGCCGUCCAGAGCAUCCAGACCAUUUCUCAGGCGCUUCAAAAGUCCAAGGAGAUCUACAAUGCCAAAACCGUGGAGCAGGAACGUCUCCGCAAAGAAGGGGCCACCCAGAGAGAUGUGGACAAGGCUGGAGUGAAAGCCAAAAAAGCCACAGAGGCCUACAAAUCCUACGUGGAGAAAUAUGCCACAGCCAAGUCUGAGUUUGAACAGAAGAUGGCAGAAACUGCACAGAAAUUCCAAGACAUUGAAGAAAACCACAUUCUCCACAUGAAGGAGAUCAUUUGCUCAUACUCGCAGUCUGUGGAUGAAACGCACAUCCAGAUUGGAGAGGUCCACAAUGAAUUUGUGAGGAACAUAGAAAAUACGUCAGUGGAGAGUUUAAUACAAAAACUGUCCGAGAGCAAAGGAACGGGAAAGGAGAGGCCAGGACCCAUCGAGUUUGAGGAGUGCAAUAUAGCUAUUGCAACAGAAGGGGCCAAGCCCAGAAAGAGAAAACCAUUUGGCAUCCCAGGUCGAAGGAAAGACAAGGACACAGACUCCACGGAGUCUACAGAAGUUGAAGCUGCUAACACAGCCAAUGGUGCUCCCCCUGGAUAUUAUGGGUCCAUAGACAUCCAGAAUGCUAAUGUUCCUCAAGUUGACGCCGAGGGUUUCUGUAUCAGGCCAGAAGUUAAUGAAAAUGAUGCCAAAGAAAAUUCCUUUUAUUCAUCCAGCGACUCAGAGGAUGAAGACGAACCCAGGAAGUUUCACGUACAGAUCAAGCCUGUGCAGCCAAAUAACGGCACGCAUCAGAACCGAGCAAAUAUCGACGAGCUCAAGGCCUCCAUCGGAAAUAUCAUCCUGUCACCUUCAACCUCGGGACAGAUGCGGAGGAACCAGUCCAGGAUCACAGGAGUACCCACAUUGAGCUCUAAGGCUCAGGGUUCUGGUGAUGAACUAGCAAAGCCCAGAGUUCCAGCAUCAUUCGAACUGACUAAUAAUGACCUCCUGUCUCUGGACCCACUGAGCCCGGCCCUGCCUGCCGGAUCCUCCUCCUCUGUGUCAUCAUCAGCAGCUCACUCGAUGCCACAACAGGGGCACUCUCCUUCCCUGGCAGAGCACCCGCGAUCCAAAGAUGUCUCCUCUUUCUCUUCAUCCACAUCCUCUCCCUGGGAUUCACCCGAAAACGCUUUCCAAGCACUUAAACCUGCACCAGAAAGGGCCCAGAGUGCUCCCCUCACGCAGCCCACCGAGCCAGUUGACCCCAUCAAAAGCCUGACAACUGCCAGCCCUCCGAAGAGUGCUGACACGUUCUCUUCAGUGUCCUGGUCCCAGAGCCAGUGGAUUGCUUUCAGUGAUAACUUCGCUCCGAUGUGCCGGCAGGGUUCAGGGUCUUCUGUAAAGGAGCUCCAGAGGCUGCAGUCAGGCUUGGGCAGGUCGAGCCGCUUCCUGUCUGAGUCUGCAGAGGCUUACUGCAAAGCAGCGGGUUGUGGAGAAGACAGCAACUUCUGUUACUCUGACGUCUUCUCUGAUAGGGCAAUGGCUGCAGCCCCGGCAAGCAAAAUAUUCAAUGUGCCAGUACCAAACCGACCGACCACCCCACUGGCAGCUGGAGGCCUUGUACCCCCACCGCGACCCUCCUCCAGGCCCAAACUCCCUGCUGGAAAACUUACAGGAAUCAAUGAAAUUGUACGACCAUUCAGCCCACCAAAAGCACUGAAUUCCAGCCCUCCUCCAACUGCACCACUCGCUCGGGCUGAGAGUUCCUCCUCUUUGUCCUCGAAUGCCUCACUCAGUGCCGGCAACACCCCCACUGUUGAGGAUGAUGUGUUUGUGGCAAAGCUACCCUCCUUUGAGAAGCGGUGUGAAACGCCAGCAGGGACGUCUCGUGGUCCCAGCCCUGUGACCCUGGCAUCCCAAGAUGCAUUGCCCAUUGCUGUGGCCUUUACAGAAUCGGUUAAUGCCUACUUCAAAGGAGCUGAUCCCACUAAGUGCAUUGUGAAGAUCACUGGAGACAUGACUCUGUCAUUCCCCAUGGGCAUUAUCAAGGUGUUCACCACCAACCCCUCCCUGGCCGUCCUCAGCUUCAAACUGAAGAACACCAGCAGGCUGGAGCAGAUCCUCCCCAACCAGCAGCUCUUAUACAGCGAUCCAUCCCAAAGCGACUCAAAUUCCAAGGACUUCUGGUUCAACAUGCAAGCGCUGACAUCCUACCUCAGAAAAGCCUUAGAUCAGAAUCCUUCAGCUUCCUACUAUAAUGUGGACAUCCUAAAAUACCAGGUGGAGUCAGAUGGGAUCCAUUCCACUCCUCUCAACCUGGCUGUGUACUGGAAGUUUACACAGAGUACAACGGACCUGCGAGUGGACUACCACUACAACCCGGAGUCCAUGGCUUCACCUGGUCCUCUCACUAAUGUGCAGGUGUUAGUACCUGUAGAUGGGGGAGUCACCAGCAUGCAGUCUCUACCCAACUCCAUAUGGAAUUCAGAGCAGAAUAAAUGUCUUUGGAAGCUUAGCGACGUCUCAGAAAAAUCUGAAAAUGAAGGAGCUGGGUCUCUAAGAGCCAAGUUUGAACUCUCAAAUGGCCCUUCAAACCCCUCCACUUUGGCUGUACAGUUUAUGAAUGAGGGAAGCACCCUGUCAGGAGUCGACAUGGAGCUGCAGGGCACUGGAUACAGAAUCUCUCUCAACAAGAAAAGAUUUGCUACAGGGCGUUACAUGGCAGAUUGCUGAAGCUUCUCAAGAAAAGAAAAACUUGCUCGACACAAAACUGUGCGACUUUGCAAGUCCUCCUGAACUUCCAGGUGCUCCUGAGCACGGUUGCCAUGGUUUCAUACAGGAAGCGAGAAUUUCACUACAAUAAAACAGCACUGAGUAUUGAACACUGUUUAGAAGAAAAAAAAAAAACUUAAGAUAAGUUUUCAGGAACUGUGUAGAUAUGAAGUCUAAUAAUGCUUUCAGAUCAGUUCAUUUGUGUACAGUGCGAAACAAUUUAUGGAUCAGCUAUAAGUCUUUAUGGUAUUUGAAAUCAUAAAAAAACAAAAGCACACUAACGAGCUUUCAGAUGCUCUUUUUCCUCUUGUACUCAUUCUCUUAAGAGCCUGUAAGGAAUAUGAAACCAUUUCUGAGUGGAUGAGGAGAAAAGCUUUCUCUCCAAGCUGUAAAUAACACUGAAUCUUCUGCUUGAACAGCUUUGACUCAACUCUUAAAUCAACUUUCUUUUCUGAUGUUUCUUCUCUUCCUGAAGAUUUGUCUUGUUGAUCACGUGCAAUGAAGAAAUGAAGGUAAAAAUCUGUCUUUAACAGGACUCACACACUUGUAGCACAAGUCUUGUCUUUAAAAAUGAUACUGAAGUGCUCUCAUAGAAAAAGGUUUGAAAAAAAUCCAACCUCAGUGCCUCUUUUUAUGCUGUGGAACAACAGGCUAAAUAAAAAAAUGUAUAAAUACAAAUGUGGAUUUUCAGAUUUAAGCUACAUUUUUCUUUAUUUUUUUUUUUAAUAAUCACCUCUAGUGGAGUCUGUGAUCAGUAUGGUCUGUUCAAAAUGUCCUCGUAAAUGUCCUCCUCAGUGGUGGUUUGUACUUUUCUGAAACUAUUAAGCCUGUAUCUGUUGGUCUUGAUCAAACCUUGUUCAGCAACUCUGUAAAAAUUGUGUCAAAUGUUAGAUACUUAACAAGAAAAAUCAAGGGACAUUACACCAAAUUUACCUGUGCAGCCUUUAAUCACACUUCCAUGCGCUAAGAAUUGUGCCUGAAUCUCAUCAUUUUUCUACUUUUUUUGUACGCUGAAGCACAGUUAAUGAGAAUUGCACCAACAAUGUGCCAGUUUUUUUUUUUUUUUUUUUUUUGGGAUAUUGAAGGGAAAUGCUUCCUCUUUUUAAAUCUCACCUGUCUUCCAAAAGAUGAAUAAUUGAGUUUAACCAGUUGACUUUUUUAUAACCAAUCUUUCCCUGUUUUCUAAUGGAUAUGUGUCAGUUUCAGACAGUCUCCCUGCUUCAGACAAGGUUAGUGAGCACUAUCACAGUGAAGCUUAAAUUAAUGAUUAAAAUGCCUUAUCACAACUGCUCGACACUGAGUAAUCCAGUGUUGUUGACUUUGGUUAGAUACGGUGACAAUGCUGCAUUAAACCUGUGAUGGAUUACUCAUCCGUUCUGCCUCUCCCCCAGUGCAUGCUGGGAUUGUUUUCAGCCUUUUGCAACUUUGAGCAAUACAAGCAGGUUUUGCAAAAGAGGAAAGUUGCCACGUUUUUUUCUCUUGGUGCUUCAUUCUUUUCCUACUGCCGCUUUCUGACUUCCUGAUGGAGUGUUUUAACUUUUGUAUGAUGUUUUCUCUCUUGGACAUCAUCCUUUGGUGGUCCUGAGAUUGGUUAUAUGUUGUCAUGUGACACAUUUGGGAAUCCGUUUCCUGAAAUGUGUGGUUGAUAAUCACUGAAGCCUUUUAGAUCAGGAGUCCCAUACACUGUGUGUCAUGUGGCCAAAUGACAGCUCACAUAUGACUUUUGGAAAAUAGGUUUUGUCAUCAGACAUAUAUUUAUUGCGCCCCCCCGAGCUAUGUAAUAUAGCUCAUUGUUUUUAACUGGUUUUACUGGUGAUUUAGACACACAUCCAGGCUUAAGACACCAAGUGUCUCACUUUAAAGCUGUAAGAAACACAAGAUUUCUUAAAUUUCACACAGCAUAUCUGAGCAGUUUUUGAUAUUUCAUAUGAUGCUUUUGAUACCUUGUGUAAGACUCAAGCUUUUAAUAUUAAUUUAAUAGACACUAAAAUGAAAUGGAUCAUGAAAGCAUGUUUUUUUCUCUCUAGAGCGUAAAUUUAGUCCCUUUAAAUUUCUCACAGUUGAAACGAGUUUAUAAAAAAAUCCAGAAAUUGUAGAACAAGGUAUUUGUACCAUAUGAAGUUCUGUACCCUUACAAACUGGUUUUCCUUUUACACACAUUUUAAAUAAUUAAUACAUUCUGUAAUUGUAUUCAGUAUUAGCAAGCUGGUUCUUGCUGCCCCUAAAAAACUGAAAAUAAUUUUUCGAGGCUCAUUUUGCGCUCACCUUUCCCCUUUUUCUGUCUGUAUUUGUUGUAUUAAAUAGAGUUUAAAAGAGCAACAUUGUGUAAAUGAUUCUCACAUUUUUACCAAUAUUUCAGCCACUUUUUGUCUAUUUUAUGAUUUCUCACUGAACCUGUAUUAAAUGUGUAAUAUAUGAAUAUAUACAAAUAUAUGAAAAUGACAACUUUAAA